AUGGCAUUCGGCUUCUGGCCGGCCUUUCUCGCAGUUUUCGUUGUGCGGUUGACCAGUGCCGCUCGCAUUGCGGUUCACACCGCAGAUGUGGUUUCAAAGGAGCCAUUCACAUUUGACAUUGUGGUGGCCGUGAAGAACAAGGACGAGGUGGUGGCUAAAUUGGGAGGCUUCUGGUUUGGAUGGGCGAUGGGCUAUGUGGUCUCAGACGAGGCGUUCAUGGAUAAGCUCGUGGAGAAAUUUGUAACUCUCCUGCCCGAGAAGCUGGGCGAGAAAGGCUUCACGGUUGAGGUAGCCCCAAAGAAGCCCACGCACGGUCUCGUGGCCACCAUGAGCAUGACCGUGAAGGAUUUUGAUUUGUCGGCGAUAUUGAGCGAGGCGAAAGGCGAGCGCUUCACGAGCGCAAUCAUGUCGCUCCACGAGAUAUUCCCAGCCCUCGGCAAGGAAGACGCGUGGCAGGGCAUAGAGGACAAGAUCAGCUCCAUGGUCAGGUUCAUGCUAAUGACCAAGGUCCCCGCGGUCCUGGAGGAGCAGCUCCGCGCGCAGAACGUCGAGGCUGCGGUCACCACAGAUCCGCCCGCGGAGGCGCAGGAGGAGGACACGAGAAGCCGCCCGAGCGACUGCCGGAGCCGCCCAGCCGGCUCUUCUACAGCGUGGUGUUCCGGGACCGCACGGCGAUCGCAGCGCAGGCCAAGAACGCUUCCGGCAGCCUGGCGGCGAUGGCCGUAA